AUGAUUGACAGUGUCAACGACUUUGGUUGGAGGACUGCGCAUUAUGCUGCAAGAGGGGGGAACAUGAAGGUAUUACAACUUCUGAUAGACAAAGGCGCCUCUCUAGGUGUAACCACAGGCAGCAAUGAGACAUUACUACAUAUUGCAUGUCUGUACGGCAGAUACGAGAUUUGCCAAUACCUGCUGUCGGUCUACCCGGACAAUCUACAAGACGUGGAUGAGCGUGGAUGGAACGCGACACAUUUUGCUGCAAAAGGAGGAGACGUUCGCAUUCUUCAAAUCCUUGCAGACAACACGUUAUCUCUAAGAGAAAAAACACAUGAAGGAUGUGCUAUACUUCAUAUCUCAUGUAGUAAUGCUAAAUACGAUAUGUGCAAACACAUACUCCAAGUUCUUCCUGAAAUCUUACACGAUGUCAACGAACAGGAAUGGAAUGCUGCACAAUUUGUUGCAGACGAAGGAAACACGCAAAUAUUAAAUUUACUCUUUGAAAGGGGGCUUAAAAUCUGA